AUAUUUCUUGCCUGGCCUUCAUAAUUCCUGGUGCUCACUUUCUCCCAACAAUUCAGUCAGUUAUCAGCCAGCUGCUGAAGAGUAAUACUCAUUUUGACUGUCAUAAAAGAUGUUUCCUUAUGAAAUUAAGCCUUUAGAUGAUAAACUGAACAAAGAACAACUACAUUAUUUCAAAGGGGAGAGAUCUGGAUUUUGUCAAGUUGGUCCAGAUAAAUGGUUUCUACCAAUCUCAUUUAAAAAGCAUGCUGAGGCUUUUUACAAUUUAGAAUUAAAAGAAGAUGAUAUUUUUAUUGUAACCUUCCCCAGGACAGGUACUACGAUAACACAGGAGUUGAUAUGGAUGAUUAAUAACAAUUUUGAUUAUGAAAAAUCAUCAAAAAUACCCUUAUUCACAAAGUUUCCCUUCCUUGAUCUUGAUGUUCUUAUUCAUGAUGACUUUGGAAAAGAAAUGUUUUCUAAAAACACGGAUCCUGAAAUUUUAGAGGUUUUAAAAUUAUGGAAAACACCGGUCGAUAAACUUUCUGAAAGUACACCUUCACCUCGUCAUUUCAAGACUCACAUGCCGUUUUCACUUCUACCAAAAAAUUUACUUGACAAAUGUAAAGUUAUAUACCUGGCAAGAAAUAUGAAAGAUGUCGCUUUAUCAUAUUAUUACCAUAAUAAACUGAUUAAACUUCAUGACUAUACAGGAGAUUUCGAAAGAUAUUGGAAUUAUUUUAAGAAUGAUCUGGUUGUUUAUGGGCCUUAUUGGAGACACAUUGAAGAAGGUUGGGAGAGGAAAGAACAUCCAAAUUUGAUGUUUCUGUUUUAUGAAGAUAUUAUUAAGGAUAUGAAAAAUGUUAUUAGGAAUGUAGCUAAAUUUCUUGGAAAACAAGUGACAGACAGUGAUGUAGAUGGUCUCUACAAUCAUCUUCAAAUAGCAAAUUUCUCUAAAAAUGUCCCUAUCUUCGCCAAAUCAAAAAUUAAUGGAUGGCUGAAUGAAUCAGAUGAAGGUUUCAUUCGUAAAGGAGAUUCGAGAGGUAAAAGUGAAUUUACUGAUGAAAUAAAAAAAGAAGCCGAAGAAUGGGAAAAAGAAAAAUGCAGCAAGAAUCAUAUUGUUUUUCCCAAAAAAUCUUAAUUUUUUCCUUGUUGAAUUAUGCUUUAUUUAUAUAAUAAGACUUAACUUUUUAAGACUUAUUAUGGUGUUAUAUUCCUGAGAUGGAAGUAAUGUCAUUGAGUUACAAUUUUGAACAUUUAUAAAUAAUAAAAUAACAAAGCCAUAAUUUUUAAAAGUAUUUACCAACUUUCUCUAAAGUAGCAUUUUAAAAAAAAAAAAUGUUAUUUUAAAUUUAUUACUAGGAUUUAAGAUACAUUUAAUCAGUAUUAUUUUAAUGUAGCUUUAUCAAUUGUUUUAGUGUUAAAAAUAUAUUUUUUUUAAUAAAUUGUUUUUGUUAU